AUGGCCUCAACCGAAGAGCCUACUAUUCCCACUUCCUCCGAUGUCGAGGUUGACACCGAGGUCAACACCGAGGUCGCACCGCCGGCCACCCCUGUAGACUCCACCGUUCUGUCGGGGGGUGAGGAAGCCAAGUCGAGCCCUGAGGUACCCAAGGAAAACAUCCCAGCUUCUCCUCCGGCCGCCAAAAGCAGCACUGGUGCUACAGCUACCGCUAAGCGUCCAGUCUCGAGCUCGACUGCCUCCAAACGUCCCACCUCGUCCUCCACCUCCACUGCGUCGUCGAGACCUACAACUUCGACCACACGUGGCACGACAUCGACGAGCAGCACCCUAAACAGACCUCCCACUCGUCCUACCACUACCACUACCACCUCCGCAACCCGCAAGCCUUUGAGUACUUCGACGACCUCUUCUCACCGGUCUCGCGCCUCGGUUAGCAGCUCCGCGGACGAGAAGCGGUCAGUCGCUAGCUCCGGAGAUGAGAAGAGAGGCAUCCCGAGCACUGCAAAGCGCAUGUCGAUGGCUGGCACCGCAUCUACGCGUACUCCCCUGAAGACCUCUUCCACUCUCGACCGCAGAUCGAGUGUUGCUGGCUCGGCUGUGGACAGAAAGCCCGCUGCCUCGACCACCCGGACCGCCACCUCGACCAGCAAGCCCGUUGGGAAGCUCACAUCCGCGACUUCCACCACCCGCACAACUCCUUCAUCCACAACCGCCACUCGGACUGCCACGCGGCCUACCUCCACCACCUCUACUGCGCGGUCUGUCGCAUCCUCGGCCACGGACCCGAAGAAGCGUCUUAGCACCCUUGGCACUUCCACUGCCAGAAGUGCUGGUGCUGAUGAGAAGCUCCAGGCUCUCCAGACAAAGCUGUCUGAGAGUGAAGAGACUGUCAACAAGCUCAAAGCCGAGCUCGAGACGGUGAAUGAGAAGCUGGGCCAGCUGUCAAUCUCGGGAGAACAAGCUGCUGAGACCAGUGCCGACACUGAGGCGAGUCGGGCUGAGCACACCGCAGAGCUUGAAAAGCUCACCUCCUCGCACGCUGAAGAACUUCAAUCUCUUCAAACCCGACUCGAAGAUGCGGAAACCCAGCGCAAGGAACUGGAAGAGCGGUCCCAGCAGCAGCUUGAGGAAGCCAAGCAGUCUGCCGCUGCUUCUGGUGACGACAAAACUGCCGCUGCGCUUGAAGAGCUGAAGAAUACUCACAAGGCCCAGCUUGAAACUCUCGAGAAGGAGCUCUCAGACCACAAGGCGGCGGCUACUACUUUUGAAGAGCAGAUCAAUGCCUUGAAGGCUGAGAUUGAAUCUGAAAAGGCACUGCGUGAGGAAGAGAAAGCCCAGUCCCGCGUUAAUGUUGAGCGUGAGCUUAAGGGAUCCAGCCAGGUCAUUGAAAACCUUGAAACCGAGCUCCAAAAACUGUCUGCCUCCAACAAAGAAACAGCGGCUGCAAAGGAAGCCGUCGACGCAUCUGUUGCUCAGAUGAAGGAGCAAAUUACCUCUCUGGAAGUUAAGCUCGCUGAGGCCGAAUCUUCUACCCAGGAAAGCUCGGAGCAGACAACUAGUUCCCUUGCCGAGAAAGAUCAGCAAAUUGCUGAACUGAAGCAAGCUAUUGAACAGGCACAGGCGGAACUUGAGGAGGCACGCGAAGCUGCUGCAAAGGUCAAGGAGCUAGAGUCUACCCAUGCAGCCGCAGUAGCCAACCUGAAGGCUGAGCACGACACUACUUUGAGCUCCCUCUCAGCAUCGCAUGCAGAGGAACUUGCUGUUGCCAAGGCCGCGGCUGAGUCAACUGGCACCGAGCACUCUCAACAUCUCGAGGAACUGCGUGCUUCGCUAGAUGCUGCCAAAUCAGCUGCUCAAGCUGACCGCGAACUUGCUAUCUCUGAGCUCAAGACUGCACAUGAGACUGAGAUCAAGGCCCUUGAGGAGAAACUCACCGCAUCCGAAACGGCACUCGUUGAUUCUCGUCGGGCUCUUGAUGAGGGCAACGCUCAUGCCCAGGAGGACGCCGUUCACGAAAUUGAGGCUCUUCGCCAGAAGGUUGAAUCUCUUGAAACUCAGCUAUCCACUGGAACCGGCGAGAUCAGGGCCCUGCAGCAGGAAGUUCAAAACAAGCAGACCGAGGCCGAGGAGCUUUACCACAGCCUGAAGAACCUUGAGGGCGAGACAAAGUCCAGGGAGGUUCAGAAAGAAUCCAAGCUUAAGGAGCAGGAUGAUAAGCUGACGGCUUUGGAGGACAAGGCUACAGAUGCUGCAGCCCAACUUGCUGCCGCUAUUGAGAAGCAUGCUCAGGAAUUGCAGGCUGUGAAGAGCGAGCAUGUCGCUGAGCUGGAGCGGGCUAAACAAGAAGCCUCGGGAUCCCAAGAGGGCGCUUUGAGUGAACUUCAGCAGAAGCACGAUGACCUCUUUGCUAAAAACCGGGAUCUGGAAUCUAGCCAUGCUACUCGCGUCGAGUCCCUCGAGGCUGAUUUGAAGUCGACUCUCGAGCGCCACGCAGGAGAGCUUGCUACUCACACUGAGGCUCGGGGCAGUGAUGCCAAGCUUCAGCAACAGGCUCAAGAGGCUCAGGCUAAGCUGCAAGCUGAAUUUGAGGCGCUGCAAAUCGCCCGCCAGACUGACAAGGAGACGCACGCCAAGGAAAUUGCUGAACUCCAAAAGGGCUUCGAGGAAACCAAGGCCAAGUUCCAGGCUGAACUUGAGGCUUCCCAGGCCUCGAAGGCUGCCGAUGCCGAUGCCGAGCACGGAAAGGCGAUUGAAGAGCUUCUCACCCUCCAGGACACUAAAGUUGCCGGUCUGAGAGAGCAACUUGAGGCAUCAAACCAGGCCAGCAUCGAGGAACUCCAGAAGUCGCACAAUGCCGCCCUGGCAGCAGCCAACGAGCAGCUUUCUCAGGCUAAGUCUGCUGCAGCGGAUACAUCUGCCCUUGAUACCUUGAAGGCGACCAUCGUGGAGCUCGAGCAGAAGCUGGUGGAUUCCGAGAAGGCCCACUUGGCAGUCCAGGAAUCGGCGACUAAUGCUUCUCGCGAUCUUGAGGGAAAGCACGCUACUGAGCUUUCUAAGAUCCAAACCGAACAUGUAGCACUUGCUGAGAAGCACCAGGCGGCCAUCUCUCAGGUUGAGGAACUACAGAAAUCCGUUGCCGCGUCCAGCAGCAACAAGUCCGAUCUGGAAUCCAUCAUGGCCCAGCUCUCCCAGUCCCAGGCAGAAAUCGACUCGCUCAAGACCAAGCACACUGCCACAAGCCAGGAACUUGAGGAAGUUCGGGUUCAGAACAAGGCCAUGGAGGAGAGGCUUGCUUCUGGCGAGCGCGACCUGAACGACCAAAUUGACAAGAACAUGUCUCUUCUUAAUCAACUUGGUGACAUUGAGAGCCAAAUCUCUGGUAGUCGUCGACGUGUCCGUGAGCUCGAGGCUGAGCUCGCUGCUCUGAAGACCGAUAACGACAAUGACAAGAGCACUUCAUCCGGCCUGAAUGCUAGCCGAUGGGCAUCGGCAGAGGAGGGUAGCGAGAACGCUGAGGAGGGAGGUCCAGCCGCAACGGAAGGUGAGGACCUUGGCCCAUCCAUCGAGGGAACGAUGGCAAGCAUUCAGGAACAGCUUAAGCACAUCCGAUACGCGAACGACGAGUGGUAUGAUGAGCAUCGCAAACUCAUCGGAGAAUUGGCCCAGCUCUCCCGCCGAGCUACCCCCGACACACGCAGUCUCUCGUCAACCCCCCACCCAGAAACAGCUGUUUCAGUUCAAGAAUCAGAAAGCAGCCGCAGUCGUUCCGAUACUCCUGCCGCUCGGUAG